CUCUCAUCAAAACUUUUACACGCCACAACCAAACAUGGCCCUUCAUCCCGCCGCCGCCGCCGCACGCCCACACCGCGCAGCCUUCCUUCAUCCCGGCGCCGCCGACCACCACCACCACCACCACCAAGGCAAGGCUUGCUGCGCGAAGGGGGGCAUGGCGCUCUACCGCCGUCUCCUGCUGCUCCGCCGCCUGUCCCACCUCCACCCCUUGCCCUUCCCCGCCCCCGCCAUCGGCUCCUCACCACCGCCCACUCUUGCGGGGCUCCUCGCCCCCAUGGGCCGCCGCCACUUCGCCUUCUCCUCCGCUGAGGAGGCCGCCGCGGAGCGCCGCCGGCGGAAGCGCCGCCUCCGCAUCGAGCCGCCGCUGAACGCCCUCCGUCGCGGGCCGCCUCCCCCGCGGGACCCCAACGCGCCCCGCCUCCCCGACACCACCUCCGCGCUCGUCGGCCCGCGCCUCAGCCUCCACAACCGCGUCCAGUCCCUCAUCCGCUCGGGGGAUCUCGACGGUGCGUCCGUCGCCGCCCGCGCCGCCGUCACCUCCCGCGUCCGGCCCACCGUCUUCACCUGCAACGCCGUCCCCGCGGCCAUGGUCCGCGCCGGCCGCCACGACGACGCCGUCGCCCUCUUCGAAUUCUUCUUCCGCCGCUCCAACAUCAUCCCCAACAUCGUCUCCUACAACACCCUCAUCCUCGCCCACGUCGAGGCCGCUCGCGUCGACGACGCGAUGCAGGUGUACCGCGACAUGCUCGCGUCCGCGCCCUUUCCCCCCUCCGCCGUCACCUACCGCUACCUCACCAAGGGCCUGGUCGCUGCCGGCCGCAUCGGCGACGCCAGGGACCUCCUUCGCAAGAUGCUCAACAAGGGCGGUGCUGCUGACUCGCUCGUCUACAACAACCUCAUCGCUGGCUACAUCGACCUCGACGACUGGGGCAGGGCCUUCGAGCUCUUCAACGAGCUCACCGAGAGGUGCGCUGUCUACGAUGGCGUCGUCCACACCACCUUCAUGGAGGGCUACUGGAAGCAGGGCAAGGACAAGGAAGCCAUGGACAACUACCAGUCCCUCCUCGCACGGGGCUUCAAGAUGACGCCAGCCACCUGCAACGUCCUGCUCGAGACACUCUUCAAGCAUGGCAAGGACAAGGAGGCCAACGACCUGUGGGAGACCAUGAUCGACAACCACACACCACCAACCUUCAUCGGCAUGAACGCCGAGUCCUACAAUGUCAUGGUCAACCAGUGCUUCAGGGAGGGCAAGUUCCAGCAGGCAAUUGAGGUAUUUCACCGCCAGCCCAGAAAGAAUGUCCAGAUGGACGUUGGUUGCUUCAACAACAUCAUUGGUAAGCUCUGUGAGAACGGGAUGCUUGCUGAGGCAGAGAAGCUCUUUGAAGAGAUGGAGACCAAGUCGGUCCUUCCAGAUGUGUACACCUACACUUACCUUGUUGACUCGUGCUUCAAGGAAGGCCGUGUGGAAGAUACAAUGCAGUAUUUCUACAAAAUGGCAGAUGGGAGGGAGCACGGGCCAAAGUUCAAUAUUGGUUUCUUCAACCGUAUGUUUGAAGGACUUACGGAUGCUGGUCGGAUUGAUGAUGCCUUGAAGGUGUAUGGGAGGAUGCCUGACAAGGAGAUCAAACCAAACACAGCAACCUUUGAAAUCCUUGUCAAAGCCUUAUGCAAGGAAGGGGACUUGGAUCGAGCACGGGAUCUAGUGAUAGACAUGGCAAGGGGUGGUGUUGUGCCUCCUCAAGAGUUCCGUGAGUCUGUUGUUGACAUUUUCAAGAAGUUCGAUCGCCAGGAAGAAAUUGAGAAAGCUUUUGAAGAAAAGCCUUUGCCAACACCUCAUCCAAGGACAGAGUAUCAGCCAAGAACAGAGAAUCGCCCUCGCAAUGCAAUUGGUGUUGCUCAAGGGAAACAACUUGGCUUUAGCUCAGCUCCACCAGUGCAGUCUGGAUUUGAUUACUCUCAACCACAACGGCCAGCAUUUAAUGACACUCAAAAUCAGCAGCCUGAGUUUGACUCAUCUCGGCAAUGGCAGUCAGGGUUUGGUGCUCCUCAAGCGCUGCACUCAGCAUAUGGAGCACCUCGGCCUGUACAGUCUGCAAUUGGUUCCCCUCAGCCUCCACAUCCACAGUUUGGUGCUUCUCAGGGUGUACCAGGAUAUAGCAACCAUCAAUCACAAGUGGGGUAUGGUUCCCAGCUGCCUCAGUCAGGAUAUGGCUUUGCACCUCACCAAGAACAAGUAGGAUUUGGAAAUCAAGUACCACCUGCAUUGCCUGCAUAUGUGGCUUCCCAAACGCAUCCUUCACAUGGUACGCACUGGAGCCAGAGUUAUGGAUCACCCCAAGGCCAGCAGGGGUAUGGCAGCCCUCAAGGGCUGCCACAUGCUUCUCAUUUGCCACAACACCAGGCAGAUUUUGGUAUGCCACAGGUCCAAAAUAACAAUGGGUUUCCUCGUGCGCAGCAACAGUCAUAUUUUGUAGCUCGUCAUGGGCAGACUGCUGUAAGCACAAUUGAAGGUGAAUCAAAGUUUGGCGGUUCAUAUGGGCAACAAAGCAACAGCAAUUCUGAAGGUCCACCGCGUUUUGGUGCUCAAAUGGACCCUAAUGUAGGCUCCUAUAGAUACAACCGUGGUUACAAGACGUCUUAUGGUCUGCAGGGAUUUGAUGCUCCCCAUGGUGAAAGUGAUAGUGCUGCAUCCAAGGAUCAUACAGAGGCUACCCCUUCUGUAGAACGGCAUCAAGUAGCAUUCUGAAAACAAUCAUAAAAUGAAUUUGUAUUGUUCUGUACCGUGAAACCUUUUAUGUUGGACACUUUCCAUCAUAUCAGCCAUCUAAUUCAAACUAUUUCCUUAAUCAUCAGGUCUUUGUGGUGAAUAUUGGUGGUUCCUGUUAUAGUUAUGUCAUAUACUCAUAUUUGCUGCCAAUUCAGGCUUUACUUUUUAUUAAUGUG